AAAAAUUAAUAUAGUCAAAAUAUCAAAAUAGCCUAAAAUAAAUAAAAUAAGCAUGGAAGAGAGACGUCGACAUAUCACUCUGAAAGAAAAGCUUACAGAACAUUAUCAAAAACGUGAUUUUAAGCCAAAGAAAUCAUCAGCAUCCACAUAUGGAAUGUUGUUUUACUGGGGAGUGACUGUCAGUUUACUAUUAGAAGGCGUGUUAAUCUUAAUUCCAAACUAUUUUAAGACAAAUAGUUCUGAAAAUUCGAACAUGAUUAACUAUUUUUGUGCACAGCUUGUUGCUAUAGUGCUGGCUAUAGAAUCUAUUUCAAACUGGAUUUUAUCUCACUUUUCCUCUCUUCAUUAUGUGAAAAGGGAAACAAAGGACAAGUACUAUUCCAACGCGACGGAAACUCCUCCAGGAUGGAAGCCGUGUAUUAUUUGUAUGCUUGACGCCCCACCAAGAUCACAUCAUUGCACACUUUGUAACCACUGCAUCCUCAAGAGAGACCACCAUUGUUUUUUUACUGGGAGUUGUGUGGGUUAUCACAACCAGCGCUACUUUGUUGUAUUCUGUUUCUACAACUGCCUUGCUCUUGCUUAUGGAAGCUGUUUGCAAUUGAUUCUUCUCAAUGAGGAAAUUCCUAUUUUAAGUGAGGCAGCCAUCUUUUAUUUGCCACCAGUGGCUUUAUGGCAGCUUUUCACUGGAACUACAACAGUCAUGCACGUAGCCAUCCUUUUUCAUAUGAUCAUCGCCAUAUUCUGUUUCGUAGUCUCAUUCCUUUUCCUGGCAUGGCAGCUGCUAAUCAUCUGCCAGGGUCAGACUUCAUACGAAGCAUGGAAACAGAUUUCUGUGUACCAGAAAACGUCCCUGCUGGACAACGUGUACUCCUCGCUAGGGAGUCCUUCACAGUUUUUACUUUGUCUUUUAAUACCAGGACAUAGAUGGAUGCCAGAGGAUGGGAUUCAAUGGACUACAGAAACUAAAGCAGGGAAAAAGCAUUCAUUUUAGUUAGAAUCUAUCAUCUCCUACUGCCUUGUACUUUAUGCUCGGUGUUGAAUAACUAAAUUUAUUUGCUC